GCGGAGUCGGAAAAAGCACUCUAUCUCGUGCUUUGGCAACUGAAGCCAGUAAAGAAAAGAUGAAAGUAUUGUUAGCAGAUUGCGACCCUCAACAAGGAACUAUGAUUAUUGAUGGACCCGCCCGGACUAGUAAAAGCACCUUAGAAAUUGCCACCAAGGCGAAUCUAAUAAUCCAGCCAACCGGUCCCAGCGUAGAUGAUUGUGAGCCGGCUGUGAAAGAAUUUCACGCCUUAAAAGAAGCCGGCAUCGAAAAAAAAAAAUUAUUGUUUGUCUUGAAUCAUUUAACUACCACUGGUGAGGAAAUAAAUGCCCGAGCAUAUUUAACUCAGGCUGGUUAUUCAGUGUUAAAUACUGGUUUAACUGAAAAAGCUUCUUAUCGGCAGGCACAAAACCAAGGUUUAGCGAUUACGGAAGUUAUUUAUGAGAAAUUAAAAAAGCAGGCUCAAAAAUUAAUUGAUGAGAUAUUGACUAAAUUGUAG